ACUGCAGGACUCCGCUUCCAUAGAUAUUAAGGGAGGAGAACGUUUCGAGGAACGACCGGAGUGAAGGCUUGACGACAUCACUGCUGCAGCCUAGACAUUGAGAAGCCCAAUUCGAUUGAAACGCUCCUCUUUUUGGCGCGAGGUCAUCUUCGGAAUUUCUUCAAGUGGCCUACAGUACAGUGUGGUGAGUUACCUGCCCAUUCCUAGCAAUGCCGCCUCCUUGCUCUCUCCUGUGCCGCCUGGCCACGCUUCUCUGUGUGUGGGCACUUUGCCAGGCCCAGUCGGAUACCAAACUACCCCCUGGCACCCCCAUCAUCCAGCUGCGUCUGGCAGGGGACAAACACAAGCACUACGAGGGCCGGGUUGAAGUCUACUAUAAUGGAGAGUGGGGCACGGUGUGCGACGAUGACUUCUCCAUCCAUGCAGCCAACGUCGUGUGCAGGGAGCUGGGCUAUGUGGAGGCUGUAUCCUGGUCUCCUUCUUCCAAGUAUGGCAAGGGAGAAGGUCGGAUCUGGUUGGACAACGUCCACUGUUCGGGACUAGAGAGAACCCUGGCCCAGUGUGAGUCCAAUGGCUUCGGAGUUUCCGACUGCAAACACUCUGAGGACGUGGGAGUGGUGUGUAGCCAGAGACGAAUCGCCGGCUUCAAAUUCAUCAGUACCCUAACCGACAAUGUGGAAAGUCUGAAUGUCCAGGUGGAAGAUGUGCGUAUCCGGGCCAUCUCCUCCCAGCGUAAAAGGGUUCCCAUGACGGAGGGCUACCUGGAGGUGAAGGACGGGGGGAAGUGGAGACAGAUCUGUGACUUGGAGUGGACUGAGAUGAACAGCCGGGUCAUCUGUGGGAUGUACGGCUUCCCUGGAGAGAAAAGAUACAACACUAAAGUCUACAAGCUGCUGUCCAAGCGCAGGAAGAAGAACUACUGGGGCUUCGGAGUGAACUGCACGGGGAACGAGGCCAGCCUGCAUGGCUGUAAGCUGGGCCACAAGGUGGAGCUGAGGGGGAAUGCCACCUGUGAGAAGGGCUUGCCCGUGGUGGUCAACUGUGUUCCAGGACGGGCCUUUGCUCCCAGCCACGCCCAGGGCUUCAGCAAGGCCUACAGGGUGGAGCAACCCCUGGUGCGCCUGAGAGGCGGAGCCAACAUAGGGGAAGGGCGAGUGGAAGUGCUGAAAAAUGGUGAAUGGGGCACCGUCUGCGAUGACAGCUGGAACCUGGAGGCAGCCACCGUGGUGUGUCGAGAACUGGGCUUCGGUAGUGCCAAGGAGGCCCUCGCUGGAGGCAAACUGGGACAAGGAAUGGGCCCGGUCCAUAUGAAUGAGGUGAAGUGUUCUGGCUUUGAGAAAUCCCUCACUGAGUGUUACUUCAAUAGAGAUGCCCUGGGCUGCAGUCACGAGGAGGACGCUGCAGUUCGAUGUAAUGUUCCUGCCAUGGGCUUCCAGAACAGACUGCGUCUGAGCGGUGGGCGGAACCCAUUUGAAGGGCGUGUGGAGGUGCUGGCGGAGAAGAACGGCUCGUUGGUGUGGGGUACGGUGUGCAGUGACAGCUGGGGUACCAUAGAGGCUACAGUCGUGUGCAGACAGCUGGGUCUCGGUUUUGCCAACAACGCCUUCCAGGAGACGUGGUACUGGCCAGGAGACGUGAGUGCUGAUGACGUGGUGAUGAGCGGGGUCAGGUGCUCGGGGACAGAGAUGACUCUGGCCCAGUGCCUCCAUCAUGGGAAACACCUCGACUGCCCCCGAGGGGGAGGACGCUUCGCUGCUGGAGUCUCCUGCUCUGAGACGGCCCCAGACUUGGUUCUAAACGCCCAGGUGGUGGAACACACCACGUACCUGGAGGACCGGCCCAUGUACAUACUGCAGUGUGCCAACGAGGAGCACUGUCUGUCCAGCAGCGCCGCCGCCGCCACAUCGUCCUCCUACCGCCGCCUGUUGCGCUUCUCCUCCCAGAUACACAACAACGGACUGACAGACUUUCGCCCCAGGGCCGCACACAACUCCUGGAUCUGGCACGAGUGCCACAGGCACUACCACAGCAUGGAGGUGUUCACCCACUAUGACCUACUGAGCUUCAACGGCACCAAGGUGGCAGAGGGACACAAGGCCAGCUUCUGUCUGGAGGACACCCAAUGUGAAGAGGGUAUCGAGAAGAGGUACGAGUGUGCUAACUUCGGGCAGCAGGGCAUCACUGUUGGGUGCUGGGAUACGUACAGACACGACAUUGACUGUCAGUGGAUAGACGUGACAGACGUUGUGCCAGGAGACUACAUCUUCCAGGUUGUGAUCAACCCAAACUUUGAGGUAGCAGAGUCUGACUACACCAACAACGUUAUGAAGUGCAGGUGUCGAUACGACGGCCACAGGAUAUGGAUGUACAACUGUUAUAUAGGUGGCUCAGUGAGCUCCGAGUCAGAGGAAUCCUCUUUCAGUGGCCUCAUGAAUAACCAGCUGGGACACAGGUAGUGUGGACGGACUCAAUGGAAAGACCAGGAGGAACAUUUUAUUUUGCGAAACUGAUGAAUGACCGGCAAGACUGUUGUGAAAUGACCAACCGCUAGAGGGAGCGCUGUGCCGUCUGUUUCCUCCCUAACGGUGCUGGAUGAAAAUUGAAAAGCAAAGCUCACCUCAGUGCCAACGUUUUAUAUAAGGACGUUGCAGACGAAAAAACCCUGUUUUAAAGAUCCAGCUUGAAGAAGCAACUCUGUCUUUACUGUUCUCACAAAUUUCUGUCACAUGUACAGCAGAGUGCUGGUGCUAUCAAAUCAGAGCUAUUUAGUUACCUGUACCCAAUCUUUGUGGUCCACCGUAAGGAAAGAAAGUGAUGUUUUGAGACACCUGCUGCACUUUGAGACAGUGUCCUGAAUUGUUUAUUUAAUUGUUUUUAGGACAGUGUGUUGAGCAGGCAAUUAACUAUGCACCUAUGAACACCAGCGUAACGCUGUUUCUCUGGACCCCCCCCCCCCCCCCCCCCCCCCCCCCCCCCCCCCCCUGUCCCCAGAGUAGUGCUGAGCGAUUAACUGAAAUGUGUUAUUUUUCGGGUUUUUAAACAACAACAACUGACGUUGAAUCAAUUAUUUGUAUUUCAUUUAGUUCCGUUAUUUUUCCUGUAAGCUCACUGCACACAGUUUCUCUAAAGAUAAAUCAGAUCCGUUCUGUGUUUCUGUUAUGACUGCUACACAAGAGAGAAGAAUGCGCGAUCAUUAAGGGAUAUAGAGAGCAGCUGUUGUUCCGUGAGGUAAACACAUGAUCUAAGUGGUUGAUAGUUGGUAUUCAGCCGUCAUAAAAGUGUGCCUCAUUUAAUUUGAAGAACUGCAAAAUAGUGAUUUCUUUUCAGACAGCAUUAGGCAGCAGCUCUUUAGAGAUGACUUGGAAUUAAAUAAUAUAUUCAUAAAAAUAAAAAAUAAAUGUAAUAUACACCACAACUGAAAUAUUUUAUUAAAGUAAUGUGAAUAAAUGAUGGUUAGUAAUUGAUAAGCAGUAAUGGGCAGUCUACCAUCAUGGGACUUUUAUUAAUUGUUUUAUUCUGUGUAACAGCAUUCAACCCACAAUGCAUAUUGCAUUGAAUGUUUUAAAAAAAUUAGCAAAACUGUGAUUAUUUUUUAAAUAAUCUAACCGAAACCGAACAGACCUCCAAAAACACUAAUCGCUCAGCACUAUCCCAGAGCUUCCUAUACAGUUAGUCUCUUUCCUUAAAGUGUUGAGGUCGGCAAUUAAGGAGAAUGAGAGGCUCAAUUAAAGAUGUGCUUCAAAUACAGCAGUUCUGUAACAACUUUCUUCUGCCCAGUUUCCCCUGAUGUCACUACGACAAUCAAGAUCUCUUUUUACCAUCCCUGUAACUGUCGCUUCUGCGGAGAUUGUUUUCUAAACUAAAACUCAUAGAACUACCUAAGAAGCAUUAGACUUGUUGGAGGGUUACUGUCAAAACUAUUUAUUCAAUAAAUAAAUAAAUAGACAUGGAUGACAGACACAUGGGCCACCAGUGCACGUGCCUUUGAAGUGGGGGUGGGGAAAGUAGCGGAAUAGUCUUACAUCCACGGAGAAUAUUAUUUGCAAGUCUGUGGCGUGAUAAUGUAGUAGAAGCCAUUGUGAAUAUAAAAUAAGGAAGAACUGAUUGUUUUCUUGCUGUGCGGUAAUCACUAAGGAUAAUGCAGUAUUAUUACAACCAUACAGCUACCACUAAGGAGAAACUUUUCCCCCCUCUCAUCAAACCUGCAUUUUUACGUCUCUAAAGAGGCAAUGAGCAUUUAAGGCAGAAUCCCCAAGUUAAAAUGUACACAAACUUCUGUCCAAAUCGGCGACAAACAGCAUGAUUUAGGUGAGAGGGAGUUAGUUAUUCAUGUCAUUUGUGUUGGGAUUCUGCCUCAAGUUAACAGUGUAUCUUGCAUCACCUAAUAUCAACUCUGGCAAUAUAUUUAAUACCUUUCAUCUUAGGAUUCUAAGAUACAUAUACAUUUUAGUCUUAUCACCAUAUUCUGCUCAGCUUAGUUCAUUUUUCAAACAUCCAUUAAAUUAAAUUAUUACCGUCAGGGACUCUUAUGUUUGUUUUCUCGAUUGUACAAGUCACAAAUGACAUGUGAAAAUGCAUCUUUGCAUUCUAUUUUUGUGACACUGCAACUACAGGGCCCUUUAUUUUACAAGGGUGCUCUUUACUAGAUGGGUGAUUAUCCUAUACUGUAUACACAGUUGAUUGUUUUAAAGCAUUUUGUGCUUGCUUCAUAUUUUCUCUAAUAAAAAUAAACAAGCAAACCAUGA